UCCCAUUAUAAUCCAUCCAUUCACACCAUCCUCAUCACGUGGCCCACGCGUCUCUCUCUCUUUCUUUUAAUUUUUUUUUAUAUAUAUAUAAAAUGGACAGUGAUUCGAAAUGGAACUUUGAAGCACCAAAGUUUUGGGACUUGUCAGAAACUACAAAACAAGGUCGACCCAAUGACUCUUGGUUCACCAAACGUAAUAUUUCUGCAGCAUCCUUUGGCACCAGCACCCGAAAAAGACGAGCAUUACGAGUCAUGAGUUUCGAUCAUAAACCAAACAAACCAAAGCCUGUACGAGUACCAGACGAGACAGUCUUUGACCGGUUGGCAAGAGAAAGUACCAUUUCCUUUUCGAAUAAAAUGGUUGUGCUCCCAACAGCAGCAGAAACAACAACGACGACGGAAGCAGCAUCCGAACUGAGAAGAGAGCAAAGGAAAUCCAUGCUAGUGCAAAAGAACCCAAUUAAAGAAAGAGUCGCUACAUUCUUUACCCAUCUUAUCCAGAAGAAUGCACCCAAGAAAAAGGCACUACUGGAAAGGAAACAAAGGAGAAUCAACGAUUUCUUUCAUGCCCUGAUACAGCGAAAUAAAUCCUUGUAUGAGACAAAACAAUUAGAGAAUGUAAAGCAACAAGUGAUUGCUGUGAAAUAUUUUGAUCAGAGACUAUCCAUGAAACGAAAGAGAUCUAUCACAUCCACUCUCGAUGGUUACAAACGAGCUAAAACAGAAUUGACUAGAUCCAAGGAGAGAACUAGCAUACUCAUGCCUAAAUAAACAGGUUUUUUUUUUUUUUUUUU